AUGGACAGCUCACCACCCUUGUCUCCUGUUCAGUCAAGCAGUCCACCUUCGUUCCCUGCUCAAAUGAACAGUCCCACAAUUCUGUCUUCACCUGACUCCUCAAGUCCAUCAGGAACAACUCUCUUGUUAAAUGCCUCACAUCUGAGCAUUUCACAGCAAAGCAAACCUGCACCUUCUCAAGCAGAUGAGAGCCUAUUCUUCAGGAGUGACAAAAUGUCAAAUUCUCAAUUGUCAAGGAAGUAUAUUCCAUACCCCGCCAAUCCAGCUCCAUUGGAGCUUCAUUAUGCAGCUCAAGUGAUGAAGUCAAAAUUCCAACCAGAAUUCUCAUUGGAAGAAACACAGAAGCAUGGCCAGGCAGAACUUGAAGAUGAUAAGCAAUAUCUUCAAGCCGUCUAUGAGGAUGAAUGCGAGAUCCUCUGUGUCAGUAGUACCCAAACUGACCAGAUUGCAAAACUCCUCAGUUCACAUGUCAAGCGGGCAUUUUUGAAGCCUACUGCAGUAUUUCCUCUUCACCUUAACAGUGGACUUCCCUGCAUCGGCACUAGGGAACCCUCUGAACCCUCAGACCCAGAGAUGUCUGAUGAAUCUUAUCUAGACAAGUUACCAGAAGACUCGGAUCAUGGCUCUGAAGAUUCAUCCAAAGGUGCAGGCUCUGAAAAGUCAGCUGGCUAA